ACUCAAGAUGGCGCCAAGAAGGCUUCAGACCUGGUACGGCGCUGAUUGGGUAAAUAUUAGAGGACUUCCGGGAGUUUUCAAGCAGCCUGUGGGACAGCUAAGAGAGGUUUUGCACGUGGAUAAUCGCCGGUGGGCUUGAUGGAGACUGCCCCCAAGCCCGGUGGGGAUGCUCCGCCCAAGAAGAAUAAACUUCAGGCCAAGAGGAAGAAACCUCGGCGAUACUGGGAGGAAGAAGAGACAGCUCCGACUCCUGCCGGAGCCUCCCCAGGGCCACCACAUAGCAAGAAGAGGAAGCAGGAAUUCCGUCCCCAGAGAUCAAAGAACACUCUCAUCCAAAAGAAGUCUUGGAUCUCCAAGAAGCCCCAGGUCUCGAAGAAGCCCCGAGAGCAGAGGAAUCCGGAGCCUCAGCGGACUUUGUCCGGGGCCCAAGACCCAUUUCCAGGUCCUGCCCCAGUCCCUGAGGAGGCGGCCCUGAAGUUUCGUCGCAUUGACAAAUCUAAAAAGCUUCUACAUUCUAAGUCCAAAACCCGAAGCAGACUUGAAGUGGCUGAAGCUGAGGAAAAGGAAACCAGUGUCAGAGCUGCUCGUUCUGAGCUGCUGCUUGCUGAGGAACCGGGGUUUUUGGAAGGGGAAGAUGGAGAAGACACAGCAAAAAUACGUCAGGCUGACAUUGUAGAAGCUGUGGACAUUGCAAGUGCAGCCAAGCACUUUGACUUGAAUCUGCGGCAAUUUGGACCCUACAGGCUGAAUUACUCUCAAACUGGGAGGCAUUUGGCUUUUGGAGGGCGCCGAGGUCAUGUGGCAGCCCUUGACUGGGUGACGAAGAAGCUGAUGUGUGAGAUCAACGUCAUGGAGGCUGUGCGGGACAUCCGGUUUUUGCACUCAGAGGCACUAAUUGCUGUUGCUCAGAACCGCUGGCUUCACAUCUAUGACAACCAAGGCAUUGAACUGCACUGCAUCCGCCGCUGUGACCGCAUCACACGGCUCGAGUUCCUGCCCUUCCACUUCCUCCUGGCCACAGCUUCAGAGACAGGGUUCCUGACCUACCUGGAUGUGUCAGUGGGGAAGAUUGUGACAGCUCUGAACGCUCGGGCUGGACGCCUUGAUGUCAUGACUCAGAACCCUUACAAUGCUGUCAUCCAUCUUGGACACAGCAAUGGUACUGUAUCUUUAUGGAGUCCAGCUGUGAAGGAGCCACUGGCUAAGAUUCUCUGUCACCGUGGUGCAGUCCGGACUGUGGCAGUAGAUUCUACAGGCACGUACAUGGCCACCUCUGCCCUGGACCACCAGCUAAAGAUCUUUGACCUCCGAGGGACAUUUCAGCCUUUGAGUGCUCGGACCCUGCCCAAGGGAGCAGGUUACCUGGCUUUCUCCCAGCGGGGACUACUGGCUGCAGGAAUGGGCGAUGUGGUCAACGUAUGGGCAGGGCAGGGCAAGGGCAGCCUACCCUCUUUGGAACAGCCGUACCUCACCCACCGGCUCUCAGGCCACGUACAUAGUCUUCAGUUCUGCCCCUUUGAAGAUGUGCUGGGGGUAGGGCACAGUGGAGGCAUCACCAGCAUGUUGGUCCCAGGGGCUGCCGAGCCCAACUUUGAUGGCCUGGAGAAUAACCCGUACAGGAGUCGGAAGCAGCGCCAGGAGUGGGAGGUGAAGGCCCUAUUGGAGAAGGUACCUGCAGAACUUAUUUGUCUGGACCCACGGGCUCUGGCAGAGGUUGAUGUCGUCACUUUGGAACAGGAAAAGAAGGAACGGAUGGAGAGGCUGGGCUACGACCCUGAGGCCAAAGCUCCCUUCCAGCCAAAGCCAAAGCAGAAGGGCCGCAGCUCCACAGCCAGCCUGGUGAAGAGGAAGAGGAAGGUCAUGGAUGAGGAGCACAGGGACAAGGUCCGGCAGAGCCUUGAGCAGCAGCAAGAGCAGCAAAAGCAAGAGAAGACUAAGCCCACAGGGACUUGGCCUUCUGCCCUGGACAGAUUUGUGCGCUGAGCCUGGCCCCAGGGUGGCUUGGAACAACAGUCUUUCCCCAAGAUUGUCUGUGGGAAAAUGACCUUUUGGAAUGAAGAGGGUGACAAUGUGUCCCUCCCCAACUAGGGUGGACAGCUGGCUUCUGGGGUGGGUUGGUAUUAAAGAGGAAGGUGGUUUUUU